CAUUCGUUCUUCGGUCUUUUGAUUGUAACACAGUCUCUACUCCAAGAAAAAUCUAUCCAUCUUCCUCCUUUCUCUCUCUAAUUUACACCAAUUCUUAUUUCCUUUAUCUAGUCGCCCUCUCUCGUCGGUCGUUUACUAUCCAAACUCUCCAUUCCCAUCUCUCCUUUCAACCUUCAGAAAAAAGUGAAGAUUUUUACUGUGUCCUCAAAUCGACGAUCGGCGAGAGGGAAGUUCUUGAUCAAGCUUGUUGAAGAAUAUAUCCGGAGGUGUUUUUAGAGGAUUUGAGAUGGGUUCUCUUCAUGGUCCAGUUCUUUGCCCAAUGGUCCGGGCAAAACAAUCAGGAUUGUACUCUGUACCGGUUAAAUCACCCUUCUCAAAAGCUAAGUAUAUCAGAUUCUGGGGGAUUAGGGGAAUCAACAGUGAUAGAAUAAAUGUAAGUUAUAGACAGUAUUCACCUAAAGGCAAGACAAUAAUGUGUAGUUUCAGUUCAUCUUCGAAUGGUAAUGGUAGCAUGGCCGGGAAUUCCAACGAGAAUGAUGCUGAUUAUGUGAAUUCCAGUGUGGUUGAAGCUGUUGAGGUGAGGAGCAGCCCGGAUGGUUUCAUGAUCAAGAUGAGAGAUGGUAGGCAUUUGAGAUGUGUCCAUAAUAAUCCACAAGGGGGUCAUCUGCCAGAUUAUGCUCCACAUCCGGCAAUCGUAUUGAAGAUGGAAGAUGGAACAGGCCUUCUUCUCCCUAUAAUUGUUUUGGAGAUGCCAAGUGUGCUGCUCAUGGCAGCUGUUCGCAAUGUCCAGAUUGCUAGGCCUACAGUUUAUCAAGUAGUGAAGGAUAUGAUUGAGAAGAUGGGCUACACGGUGAAACUUGUUCGAGUCACCAAGAGGGUACAUGAGGCAUAUUUUGCUGAGUUACAGCUUGUAAAGUUGGACAAUGAAGCAGAAUGUGUCAGCUUUGAUCUGCGACCUUCAGAUGCCAUUAACAUUGCUGUGAAAUGCAAGGUGCCAAUACAUGUCAAUAAAUACUUGGCCUACAGCGAUGGAAUGAGGGUUAUUGAAUCUGCAAAAGUGUCUGUCCAGAGCUCAUUAUCAGAUGUUUCACUAUUCACUGAGUUGGACAGGCCUACUGGGCAGCCAUGCAUUGAAACAGAGGAAUUUAAUCUCUUGCGCAACAUGCUAAUUGCUGCUGUUGAGGAACGAUACAGAGAUGCAGCUCUGUUGAGGGAUAUGCUUACUCAACUUCGCUCUAAGAGGAAUUGGACAUAGCAGAUCGAAUAUUGUGUCUGCCUUUUCCAUACCCGACCCUAAGAAAAAUCGGAAAAUCUUGGUUUGUUUGUUUGUUUGUUUUUUUUUUUCUUUCCCUCUUCAGGUGCUAUCGGUGGAUGAGUGCACAUAGAAACAAUUGGUCCUGCAGGUUAAGCAGUUUGUUCUAUGGCUUUCAUGAAGAUGUACAUCGAAAGCUUCUGAACAUGUAUAUGUGUAGAUAGAAACUAAUUUUUCCUGGUUUACUAUCACGGUACCAAGUUCCUUCGUUCCUAAGUUUGUGCUGUCAAAGAUUACGUUUAAAUUAAAAACGAGAUGCAUUCAGAGUGGUUAAUGAAAUUCGUCCACCUUUUGCUGUAAAUUUCACUGCGAAGUGAUUAGACUGGUGAUCUUUUUUGUGUUUUA